AUGGGGAAGAAACUCUUCUUCCAGAAGAAGAGUGGUGGCCACCACCGCCAAAAGAAGAUGAAGGAGGUGCAAUUUAGUCUCACCUCGGCUAAAAAUGGCAGCAGAAGCACCAAUUGCUGCAACAUCGACAAAGAAAUUAACCCUGUUGAUGUUGCUUCUCCAUUAGUGAAUGGAGGAUUGUCCAGUAAGGUAAAGAAGAAAGUGGGUGGAGUGCGACUCUGGAUGCGUUUUGAUCACUUUGGCCAAUCUGAACUACUUGAACUUGACAAGAGUGCCAUCAUUCAACGUGUGUCGAUCCCUCCUAGGGAUUUGAGGAUCCUUGGCCCUGUCUUGUCUCAAUCUUCUAACAUUCUAACCAGAGAGAAAGCAACGGUUCUGAAUUUAGAUUUUAUCAAGGCCAUUGUUACUGCUGAAGAAGUUCUACUGCCGGAUCCUCUAAACCUGGAAGUCAUUCCAUUUGUUGAUCAACUAAAGCAACAACUGCCUUAUAAAAGCCCUAUUGACAUUCAAGAUGCUGAUGGAGUAGCUGAAGGUCUGCAGCGUGAACUUCCAUUUGAAUUCCAAGUUCUGGAAAUUGCAUUGGAGGUUGUAUGUACACAUUUGGAUAAUAGUGUGACAGAGCUUGAGAGAGAUGCUUACACCAUCUUGGAUGAACUAACCAGGAAUGUUAGCACUAAGAAUCUUAAAUAUGUCCGAAGUUUGAAAAGCCAUCUCACCUGUUUGCUCGCACGUGUACAGAAGGUUAGGAAUGAAAUCGAACAUAUUUUAGAUGAUGAGGAACAUUUAGCUCAUUUACAUUUAACAAGGAAGCAGAAACAGCAUGAAGCACUGUUGGGAGCAACUGGUUCAAAUAGCAUUGCCACUUUUGGACCUAAUGUUUCACGAAUUAAUUCUAAUAUGAGUGCAAGUUUAAUCACUGGAAACCGUUCAGGUGACCAUGAUCUGGAGGAUUUGCUUGAGGCUUAUUUCAUGCAACUGGAUAGGACUCGUAACCAUUUAUUGUCGGUGCGAGAAUACAUUGAUGACACAGAGGACUAUGUGGGCAUUCAACUUAACAACCAGAGAAAUGAUCUGAUUCAGCUGCAGCUGAUUCUUAGCAUGGCAUCAGUCGCCUAUUCUGUUGAUGUCCUGGUAAUUGGGUUUUUCAGUGUAAACAUUCCUUGUCCACUGUACAAUGUCAAUGGCAUCUUUGGGCAAUUCGUUGCAGGCUUGCUUGGGAUGGGUUUCUUGAUUUUUUUUCUACUCCUGGGUUACGCCAGAUGGAAGAAGCUGCUUGGCUAGUAAACUGAACUCAAAAUUAAUUCUUAGAGCCCCCACAUCAGCUGUAUACUAUUGAUGUGAUCUGUUGGGAAUUAAGACUUGUUAAUUAAGUUCAUCAUUCUGAAGGUUAAAACUAUGUAAAUUUCGUAAUGCAUCCCAAUAAAUCAUGAGGGAUGUUCUGUAAAACAGAAAAUGCAAAUAUUGUC